AUGCCAACCCUCGAGCUGAACCCCCGCUCCCUGAUCUCGCUGCUGGGCAUCGUCCGCUUCUUUGAGAUCUUCUUUGCCUGCACGGCCUUCAGCCUGGUCUCCGUCUACCACAGCUACGACAAUUCCAGUGGAGUCUGGUGCAUGUUCACCUGGUGUUUCUGCUUUGCCGUCACUCUCCUCAUCAUCUUGGCGGAGGCCAUCGGCUUUGCCCAGUGGCUGCCUCUCUCCUGGCAGGACUUCACCUCUGCCUUCUCCAUGCUUGCUGCUCUCAUGACCUUCACCACCUCGGUGAUCUACCCCUCGGUCUUCAUACACAACAACUGCUCGGACAAGUCGUGCAGCUACAAAGGUGCGGCCACCGCCAUGUCUAUCCUCUGCUUCAUCGCUUAUGCCGUCGAAGUGGGAAUCACUCGAGCAAAAUCCGGUGAGGUCAGCGGCUUCCUGGCGACCGUUCCUGGCCUCCUGAAGGUGUUUGAGGCCUACGUGGCUUGCCUCAUCUUCUCCUUGAUAGACUUCACGAAGUCCUAUAGGUCCUCUCCUGGCCUCCAGUGGUGCGUGGCCGUCUAUAGCAUCUGCUUCAUCGUCACAUUGCUCAUCAUCAUCCUCACCGUGGGACGUUGCCUCGCCGCCCUGCCCUUCCCCUUGGAGCAGCUCUUGGUGGGUGUCAACCUCUUGGCUGUGCUGAUGUACAUAACGGCAACCUUUGUGUGGCCCAUCUAUAGUUUCAGGAAUGUUUCGAGGCCCUCGAAAUGCAAUACGGAGCCCUGUGACUGGAACAAUCGUCUCGGUGUGACGUUCCUGACCAUCUUCAACCUCAUCGCCUAUGUGGUGGACCUCGUCUACUCCUCCAAGAUGGUCUUUGUGACCACACCGGCGUAG